AUGGACAAGCUCAAGAAGAUCUUCAAGCACGACAAGNCACGACUCGUCGUCUUCGUCAUCGGCAGCGGCCACGACGCCCUCGCACACGACGGCCGAGAGAAACAACGCAGCCACGACGACAUCGAGCGCGCCUCCACCUCAGACCAGCAGCACCACUCCUGUAGCUGCUGCCACCACCACCGCUGCUUCAAGAUCCGGCCCCCUGCCGGCGUCCUGCUCGAGACCAACUACGGCAACAUCACCAUUGCCCUGUACAGCGACAAGACCCCCAGAAACUUUGCAGGCCUCGCCGACGCAGGCAGGUACAACGGCGUCAUCUUCCACCGCAUCAUCCCCGGCUUCAUGCUGCAGGGCGGCGACCCCACCGGCACCGGCCGUGGUGGAGAGUCCAUCUGGGGCGGCAAGUUCGAGGACGAGUUCGACGGCUCGCUCAAGCACACUGGCGCCGGAGUCCUGUCCAUGGCCAACAGCGGCCCUGGCACCAACGGCAGUCAGUUCUUCAUCUGCCUUGCCCCGACUCCCCACCUGAACGGCAAGCACACCGUCUUUGGUCAGGUUGUCGACGGCAUGGAUGUCGUCCAGAAAAUUGGAAGUGUCAGAACCGGCGCUGGCGACAGACCCAUCGAGGAUGUCGUUAUCGUCAAGGCCCAGUCCUUCACUGCCUAA